AUGGAGUAUCACGCUCUUGUUGCAAGACAGACUGAGGGCUGGCCCGUGAUGCCAGCUCGAUCACCAGAGUACAUGGCCGAGAAUCAAGCUGGACGCUUGAUGGCGGUGGAAGGUUCGUUGUUCGCACUGUCGACGAGCGCUAUACUCUUGCGAUUCUAUGUGCGGCUCUUCAUGCUAAAGACAUUUGGCUGGGAUGAUGCUAUGAUGGCGAUUGCAUUGGCUCUAAGCUCCACCACCCUGGGCUUAUUCCUGAAGGUCAUUGACCUGGGACUUGGACUGCAUGCCGAAGCCUUUCCACUCGAGAACGUAUUCCCCUUCUUCAAAGUCAUGUACUUCUACUCGAUCUUCAUUAUCGCUGCAUACAGCUUCAUCAAGCUUUCAAUCGGAUUCUUCUUGUUACGGCUCGCGGACCGAACAAAGUGGCGUCCAUUUCUCAUUGCCAUGUUGAUCUUCAUUGGUGUGUUCACCAUUGGUUCGACAUUCGCCAUCAUCUUCCAGUGCAUUCCGGUACAAGCGGGAUGGGACUACAACAUGCGUCCACCCACGGGAACUGCGAAAUGCUACGAUGCUGGCAUCUUCAAAAACGUCGGCGUCUUCAACUCUUCAGUCAACAUCGCCACUGAUCUGCUCUUCGCCCUCAUCCCCAUCCCGAUGGUGUGGAAGCUACAAGUUACGAUCCAAACGCGCAUAGGUCUGGCAGUCAUCUUAAGCUUGGGUCUCUUCGCCUCUGCAGUAGCCAUAUACAAGACGCCGAUGCAGUACAACUUCUUCAAGAUAACUGACUGGUCCGGCGAUGGAGCAUGGUACUACAUCUGGCAACAAGUCGAGAUGCACGUAGGCAUCAUCGCCGCCUGCCUCCCAACCAUGAAACCCCUCUUCGCGAACUUCUUCGGCCAGAUGCGUUCUCUCGCCACUAAGGGUCGCACCACUGGCAACAGCACACCUUUCCGCUCGAACGGGUACAUGAGGCAUAAUGACAUGCGUCCGGGUGACUCUUUUGCUAUGCGAAACAUGUCAGCAGGCGCAAGGGAUCCGUACUCCGAGGAUACCGUGCUGGGCAAGGAUACGUACACUGUCGAGGCUUCACGAGGAAGAGCCUUGAGUAGGCCCAAGAGUCUCGCGGGUGAGAGCGACGAUAGUAUCUUGGAGCAUGAGGUCAAUACCGGAGAGAGGCGCAGUGUGCUCCCUAGAGGUAUGACUAUCGUGAGGACUACUGAGGUCAACGUUUCAAGAUAG